GUUGGCAUUUUAUAUGGAAUUUCCUUUUUCUCAAAUUUAGUUAUUCACUUGUUUAGCUUUCUUAAAGAUCGUUUUAUGAGAGAUUUCCGCAAAAAUGUCUAGAUUUAGUUUUAGGAAUAUUUCACCGUUUAGUCGUCUAUUUAAAUCUAUUGGAGUUGAAAGAAAGUGUUUUGAGGGAAGUUAUUCAGACAUAAAAAGAAACUACAGAACGAGGAACAUCACAGAAGCCGAUAUUCCUAAAAUAGUCGAAAUCCGAAAAACACUGAAGCUUCACGAUUGCACACCCAGUCUUUAUUCCUUCUAUGAACUGGAUCCUGAAGCGAUUAUUGUAGCUGAAGAUCGUGAUGGUAAUAUUAUUGGAACACAUUCUAUGCUAAAUUUCGCAAAUGGAUUAUAUAUAUCCGGAUUGACGUAUGUUCAACAAGACUACAGAAAAAGCAAUCUUGCACUUGAGAUGAUUCGCAAAGAAGCAGUACGACACAGACUCGAAAACAGACUGUUAACCACUUUCACCUUCGAAGCAUGGGCAAAAAAUUCAGAUUAUAUUUUAGAAUUUCAAGUCGACACCGGUUUUACUAUUAAGAGAUUCAUUUCUACACAAAACCUAGACACCAAUCUUCUCUCUCACGAUCUACCCGAAGACGUUGCAAUCCACGCAUUUGACGAAAAGCUCUUGGAACUUGUGUAUGACUAUGAUUUGCAAGUAGCUGGUUAUGAGAGACGGGCCUUUCUGGAUUUGAGUUUCAAAGAACCGAACAGUAGAAGCUUGGUUGCAUUGAGGAAGGAUCGAUGUGUUGGAUAUGGUGGCAUCAAGUUAACCUGUCCUGGUGCUAAGAGAAUCGGACCACUCUACGCAGAUGAUUCCAAGAUUGCUGAAGCGUUGAUGAAAUCACUUCUUAAAGGAUUUGACGAAGGAAAAGGAGUUGUCAUAGUAAUUCCUACUCCUAAUUCAGAAGCUCAAGCAUUAGUGAGCAAAUUAAAUAUGCCAUUCAAAGACGGACUUUAUCAACUUAUCGAAAAGGGUUUUCCACAAGCAGAUGUGAGUAAAGCAUACGCACUGUUUGAUUUGAAUGGCACAUCCAUAUGAAAAUAUAUUUAUACAACUAUGCAGAAAAUUAUAAUUAUUCACUAGAAAAAACGUGUUGCAUUAUAUUCAGAAUUAUUUACAAAAUAAAUCAACUUUUCAUUUUUGA